UGACAACAAGACAGAUGAAGGGAGGAAGGAAGCUCCGUGUGAUCAUAACGGGAGACUUCAUUUGCGUAGGCCGGCCCACACGGAGUCAUCUAAGGGGAAGAGGAUACUGUAUACUGUAUAUUGGCAGGGCUCACUCUGGUUCACGUACCACCAUGUGACUGUCGGUAACUUCAUCACUCUCCAGCGCAGCACCAACGGCAGCAGCAGACUCUGCCCUGACCCUGGACCAGCAUUUAAACUCGGGUUUUUAUGUUGUGUGGAUUUAUUUUGACUCCGUGUGAGAGUGUUUUCUGGAAGCGUCGCGUUCAGCCACCUCGGAGAUGUUUUGGUUCCAGCAAGGACUGUGUUUCCUACCAGCGUUUCUGGUCAUCUGGUCCUCCAGCACUUUUAUUGUUUCCUACAUUAUUGCGCUUUUCAGAGGGGAUGUCGACGUCAUCUUUCCAUACAUAAGUGACACAGGUGCAAAACCUCCAGAGAGCUGCAUCUUUGGCCUGAUGACAUUCAUUUCUGCAUGUGCAGGAAUAUCCACCAUAUAUGCCAGGUACAAGUUUGUGGAGAAGCUGAGUGCGGACACAGGGAUGGUGAGCCCACAUCUCAAUAAAACUGCUCUAGUGUUGGGGUUGCUCUCCUGUUUGGGCAUGUGUAUUGUUGCAACAUUCCAGGAAACAUUAGUGACGGCCGUUCACGAUGUAGGAGCAAUACUGUUCUUUGUCUCUGGUGUCUUAUACAUAAUCCUCCAGUCUGUUAUAUCAUUUCGUGCCUAUCCAUUUGGGUCCUCCAUUUGUGUGUGUCGAGUACGUGUGGGUAUCGCCAUCCUCGCUGUUUUGGCAUUUUUCCCCACUCUCAUCUGUGCGUUCUAUGUGAAACAAACCACUCUGCACAGAGACAAAGAAGACGAGGACUAUCCCUUCCAUGUGGCCAGUGCUGUAUGCGAGUGGAUCGUCGCCUUCAGCUUCAUCUGCUUCUUCCUCACAUACAUCGACGACUUCAAACUGUUUACGUUGCGAGUGAAAACAGAGAACGUGGAGUAGCCAUGAUGAGUCUGAGACUGAUGACAAAUCACAGUAUGAUUAUCAGUGUUUUAAUGUUUUAAAAAAAGUUCUGCAUUUUUUUGUAAAGCUUUUAUGCACGUGCAUUUUGUACAUUUGUAUUUUUACACUGCAAGGCUUUUAUACGAUGUUGUGUUUUGUAUCACCUGACUGAAUUUGCUGGAACACAGUGGGUACGUUGUUAUUUAUACAUUAUCAGCAGCUCAGAAACUGAACACAGCCUGUAUCUUUAUACCUUUUAUAGGAUCGCAAUUCAUUUUAUACGUGCAUUUAAUUGCUUCCUGUGUUCAAACAACACUUUGCACUUUGCUCUCGAUCGUUGCCACACCAGCGUGACUCAUGCUGUCAAACCUGUGACCAGUAAUAAGAGAAGUUCAUCACACAGGGAACACAUGAUAGCUUCACACGUGGUUAAAGGAGACUCAAACUAAUGACAAACUCGUCUGUGGGAACAUGGUGGUGCUCGUGUUGUGUGAGAAAAUGGUGAGACUACACUGAUACUGUAUGUAAGUAAUCAGAAAACCUGUAUGACGUUUUUUUUAUUAGCAUUUUCUAAUCAUGUUUUCUUUGGACAGCUGGAAACUCUUUCUAUGAAUGCUCCAAUUCAGAGUUUUGGUUUCAAUACUUCCUGUACUCUCCGUGUGUGGUAAAUGGUUUAAGCUCAUACUGCUGGAUUGUUCCACAGUGCAGCUAUAGAUGGGAUUUUGCUUGUGUCUGCAGACUGUAGACAGUUUAUGCAACAGGAACUAGGCUACUUAAUUAAAUAGUUUGUUCAGUAUGACUGCCAAAUUAAAUUACUGUAAUAGAAUAGAAAUUGCAGCUAAUUAGAUUUGAAGGCAGGUUUUCAGUGUGCCAUCAGCCAGAUAAAUUAAGCUUUUCUCUUAACCUUACAUCAGCGGGCAUUAAAAAAAUGUAGGCAGUUUAAUCAGAGGGACUUUACCUUUGAAAAUUGUUUAAUUUGUAGGAUUUUCAGGGGCCUGAAGAGGCAGAAGUUUCCAGCAUUUCACUCACAAUAUGUCAUUAAGUCUGAAAAAUGCAAGUAUUUUGGGUGACAGAAAUAUAUUUUGAAUUUCUGACGCCCUUAAAUUUGUAUAUAUUAUCAAACCCCAGGCUGGGAACCACUGCUAUAGAGCACACUGCCAAUACUUUAGCUACUUUAGUAACAUCAACAACAUCAACACUCAGGGUUCCCACACACUUUACCAAUGAAUUUUAUUACCCGUAAUAUUUAACCCUCUUUCCAAGACUUUAGUGAAGUAGAUAGGCCUCUAUCGCGAUCAUAAGGUGCUACUCCAGUACGCUAUAUCUUAAGGCAGGCGAAAGCGUAGCGUGGAAUAUGGACAUACACGUACAGUAGACACAAACUGAGCAUUAUUUAACAAUUUAUUUAACGUGCACUGCCCACACAUUUGCCGAUAAGCAAACUGCUGGCUCUGGCUAACUUUACUCACUUGUUCGACAUUCCUGCCACGAGCUAGCUGCAUACACAGAUGUGUAUCACGUAAUACUGGUGAUGUUUCAGUACUACAUGGGAAAUUUCGUGUAAUGUAAGAGAUGUUUUGGGAUUUUGAUGGAAAUAUUUAACAACAGCCAAAACAGUGUAUCAGGGUUCUGACAGCUUAAGUGAGAUUUAAGACUUUUUAAGACCAAUUUACAAUAGCUAAAACUGAAGAAAAAAAAAACAUGGACCAAGAUUUUUUACCGAGGGUUAAGGACAAUUUAGCCCACAUGCUGAUUGUAAUAUAAACCAUGACUUUUUGGGGAAAGACCUGACGAGUAUUCUAAACAAUUUUGUGUUUCUUGCUCUGCGUGUGGGAUUCCAAAGUCUUAAGGGGGAUUUAUACAUGUGCGGCAGUGCCUAUGUUGUAGCCUACGCAUGUGGCCUACACCGUUGUGAGCAUUUAUACUUGUGUGGUGGUGUGUCUGUGUCACUCUGCAGUUACACCUCCAAAACACACAUUAAACAUGGCUUAAUGGAGACCGUUUUAAACAUAAGUACACAAAUCAGCUCCACUAUAACUCGCAGCAUUCACAGACAAACACUUGUCUUUAUCUGGACACAUUUUCCCCACAAAUACAACAUGCUAAUGUUUUUAGCACAAGCCUAUGGCAUUUUACAUUGUAUAACUUAGCCUAGCGGCUAGCACACUUUUCCUCUACUCAUAUGAAGCCAGGGACAACAGCAACAUUUAACAAAGGUAACGUUACAAAAUUCAGCUCCAUUACAACUUAUAAGGUUUGUUUUGAAAGAUUAAUUUAUUUUAAUACCAAUGAAGGCCUUAUUUUUAGAUUAAUGAAUCCAAUGCCUUUUAAGACUUUUUAGGGAUAGACAGGAACCCUAGUGUAUAUUUAACCACUGUAACAUUCCAACACAUUGUUAAUUCCAGACCAUUUCCAGGCCUGGAAAACCAUUUAACUUUCCAAUUUCAUGACAGUGGGAACCCUGAAAUAAGCGCACAACGUCAGAGCCUCUAAAGUCCUCUGAGACAAUUUUGUGUUGUUUGAUGAGCAAAUAAAGUGUGUCAUAGUGUCAGCUGUUGCUACUCACCAAAUAUAAAAUCACUAUCACAUCUGAGUAUCAGCUGAUAUGCUGUAUUUCAGCGGCCAGCACUUUUGGAGCAUUCUUUUAUUGAUCAUGUCUGUAACUGGUGGUCAGUAGACAGGACUAACACACAGUAUUCCAAAGAGACAAUCCUGUCCACAGAUCGUUAAUGUGUCCACUACAGAUGCUGUCUUUGAAACAAAAGGGAGUUUAUCUUUUUCAUUCAAUCACUGUGUAUUGAUACGGUUUUGCUAAUGACACAAUGUACUGUACAGAUGAUGGUGCGCUGCUGAGCUGAAAAAUAAAGAUACACUUUUUUUUUAAGCA